AAGAAAGGGAAACGAGCGAGAGAAAGAAGGAAAAAAUAUGGCUGCCUUAUCAGAAAAAGAGGCCGAAGCUUAUCUCGACGCAAGGCCGAGAUAUCCGAUGGAUUGGUAUAAGAAGAUAGCCGCACGGACACAAGACCACAAGUUUGCUUGGGAUGUCGGAACUGGUAACGGCCAGGCUGCUAUUGGGCUUGUUGAGCAUUACGAGAAUGUGGUGGCUACCGAUAUAAACGAAGCACAACUUAAACGAGCAAUCAAACACUCAAGAAUUAGCUACCAUCACACUCCAAAAAAUAUGCCAGAAGACGAAAUGGUCGCCUUAAUCGGAGGAGAAAACUCUAUGGAUCUCAUAGUUGCAGCACAAGCUGUCCAUUUUUUCGACCUAACCACAUUUUAUAACGUUGCAAAACGUGUACUUCGCAAGGAAGGAGGCCUAAUAGCCAUUUGGGUCUACAACGAUAUCAUUAUCUCGCCCGAGAUCGAUCCCAUAAUGAAGAGCCUUGUCGACUCUACACUUCCUUUUAGAACUCCUAUAAUGAAUUUGGCAUUUGAUAGUUAUAAAACGCUGCCGUUUCCUUUUGAGGGCAUAGGGAUGGGGUCAGAAGGAAAGCCUGUCACGCUAGAUAUUCCGCAUAAACUUUCGCUUAAAGGGUUUAUAGGGUUCUUGAGAUCGUGGCAGCCGGCUAUGAAGGCCAAGGAGCAAGGAGUGGAGCUUGUCAAUGAAGAACUAAUUACUAAGUUUGAGGAGGCUUGGGGUGAUGAAAACCAAGUUAAAGAUGUUUUCUACAAGGCUCAUAUGAUAGUUGGGAAAAUUCCGGAAGUGAGAUGUGAAUCUGAUCAAUUGUCUGAAUAUGGUAACAAAGAUCUCUUGCACCAAACGGAGGUUGGGAGAAAACAAGAAAGGCGACAACCAAUAUCUGAUGAAGAAGAUAGACAAAGUAAGAAACAAAAUACAAGUGAAGAUGAGGCAUGCUAGAGAAGAUCAUCCUAAUUAUUUGAGUGUUUUGGUAAUUCAAUAAGGGUUUUAAAUAAAUUAUUAAUUAAACUAUUUAUAAGAAAGUAAUAAACCAAUGUUUUUUUGGUAAAAAAUAAAGCAAUGUUUAUGUUUAUCAACAAAUUCAACGCCUUGGAUCUUGCUCAAACCCAUAGACUUGAGAGUUGUCAAACAUGCAUGUUAAAACUACUGGAUUUGGAUGUUUGAAAGAAAAUUAAUUACUAGCGUUAUUAGGACCAUGCAAGAUAUAUAUGGCGUUGGUACACAUAAAUAUGGAUAAAAGCACUACAAUCCCUACAAAAUAUUUUAACAAAUUGUCACUCAUUUUCUCAAAUUCUUUAUGUAAAUGCUACUUUUAAUGUCG